UCUUCAUCAUGGGUGCUCCGGAGCGUAAGGACAAUUCGAAUCUGAGGAGUCUGCCAAUGACAUGCGCUGGAACCAGCUGGCUGGAGACUGCCUCGUACGAAUCCCAUGGUUUGGGAAAUCGACUUCAGCCCACAAUUUUUCACGCGGCUGACAAGCGAAGACGUCCGAGGUACCGAGCGCUCGCGAAGAGGAAUGCAGAAGAUCUCAGAAUCACUGAGACCAUAAAGUUCUUCUCAUGUGGUAGAAACACUAAGACGACAGGAGUAAUGUCCCCGUGAUGCCGAACGCACGAUCACCGAGGUUUCAGGUUAUACUGCACCUUCGGUUGCCUUGUGUGGUUUAUUCGACGGAAGCAAAAUGCAUCGCACAUCAUACUUCACCUCAUAUACAUGGAAUGCACGUUACGGAGGCUUCUGAAUAAUGUCUGGAGGGGUCCUAGAUCGCGCAGCUUCUGUUAUGUCCAGCCUUGAGAAGGCGGGU